AGUCCAUAAUGUGAGUUACUCUACGUGUAGAAGCAAAGAAAUAUUCUUUCAAGUGGAGCGGCAGUUUUGCUGAAUAAUCACGUGUGAAUUUAGGGGCGGGCUCUUGGCAAGCAGUUUUUUACGAGUAUUUACUACAAGGUCUACUCCAGAAGAUUAACCAUCCCCGUCCUUCUGUCAGUCUCCGAUGUCAUGCCUGGUUAAAAAAAAACCCCAAACUCACCUUUUUUUCGAUCGUCAGUCACCCUAAAGAAUGGCCGAGGCUUUGGGGAACGAGUUGGCGUCCGCAGCUGCAAGGGGGGACCUAGUGCAACUUACUAAUUUGUUGCAAACGAAUGUAAACGUCAAUGCCCAAAAUGGAUUUGGGAGGACUGCGCUGCAGGUAAUGAAACUUGGGAAUCCUGAAAUUGCCAGGCAGUUGUUAAUGACAGGUGCUAAUCCUGAUCUGAAAGACAGUACAGGGUUCGCUGUAAUUCAUGAUGUAGCCAGAGCGGGUUUCCUGGACACGCUGCAGACUUUACUGGAGUUUAACGCUGAUGUUAACAUUGAGGAUAAUGAGGGAAACCUGCCAUUGCACUUGGCAGCUCAAGAAGGCCACCUCCCAGUAGUGGAAUUCCUUAUUAAGCGCACAGAAAGCAAGGUGCAACAUCGGAACAAGAAAGGAGACACUGCCUACGACUUGGCUAAGCUGUACAAGAGAAACGAUGUAGUUAAACUAAUGGAAGACAGCACUUUAAGUGCAGAAGCUACAGACAUGAAUUAAAUCAAACACGGACAGCUUCUUAUUUGGACAUUAAGGCUUAUAGCCCUUGUUUUUAAUAACAUUUAUUACAACGUUUUUCUUUUCUUUUUAAAUAACUAGUGCAAGUCUGGUGAAACUGCAAAGGUGUCGAUUUUCUCGCAAAUGAAUAUAUUUAAAAAUCACACCAAUAGCAUUUUCCUGCACCUGCCAUCCGCAUAAUGCUAGAAAAGAGACAACAUGGACAUACGUUGAUCGCUUUUGCUUAGUCCCUGCAGUGUAUAUUUUUACACUUUCUUCGUUUGGUUUAGGUCACUAAGACUAAAAAAGAUAGAUGCUAAAAUGCUUUAUGUUUCUGACAUUUACGUUUUAAAAAUGUUUCACUGUGAUGCUUUUCCUUAAGAUCAUGCCUAGCACUGCUUCUGACAAAACAGGACAUGAAAGGGUGUAGCCUGUGGUUCAGGCAAAGCUUGGAUUAAAGGACGUUUGGCCUGUAAGGACAGCAGGAUGGGGCCCUACAAGUGUUAGGAAAUAGCUGCAUUUGGACACUAAUAAGAGCUUGUAGAACUAGGUAAUUUGCUUUCUAAAUUGAGAUUAUACUUUUCUUUUUCACUGUAUUUAAUCUUUCACAAAUCUGCUUCUGAAAUUGAUGAACAGAAACAAUGUAAGUGGCUUUUUUGUUUGCCAGAGGUUAAAACAGCUAAGUUUGGUUGUUCGUGUUUUCUGUGCACUGAACAAUGCACUUUCCUAGUUUCAAACCAAGCAGCAGACAACCGUUGUCAGAGGAAAGAGUAUAACUUUAGGCUGUGAUACCAACAGAGACAUCCUAGUUUUCUGGUCACUCCACAAUCGAAGAGAACGUAGACACUAUUUAAGAAAUAUUUACUUUCCACCAACUUUUUAUUUUAAUUAACCAUUUUACUAUAGCUGCAUCUCACAAAACGUGGAUAUUUGAAUACAAUGGAAUUUAGAGGGUAUCACGUUUGCUUUUAAUAUUAUAUUAUCGCUUGCACGUGAAACGCAACACAAGCCUGAAUAUUUUAAUUGACAAUACGGUUGGUAGUAUUUCGGAGACCCACAGUCACUUACCAUCUGAUGCUGCGCAGUGCUGAGCACCUUCUGCUUCCAUGAAUGCAAUGGGCGCUGACGAUGCUCAGCAUCUUGUGGGAUUGAGUUUAUUGUCAGCAUUUUAUACCAUGUUAUAGGUGUUAGUUGUUUGGCAGAUCAGCAGUUUGAAGUGCUUUAUUUUUAAUCUUCUAAACAUUUUGACUGCAUUAAAGAGAUGGAAUCAAAUCAAUGUAAAAUGAACACAUUUACAAAUAUCAACAAAAUAGCAUUGAAAGGGGGAAUAUACUUUAGGUACGAUUAUUUUAACUUUUCAGCAAAGGUUUUACCCCCAAAAUCAAUAACCAUGGUUUGAAAAUAAAAAAUAUUUUUUCAGAAACUGUUUAUCACAUGUUUACUAUGCACUCGCUGUCACAUUGCUGUGUUCUUGAUUAAAAACCUCUCUGACAGAUGGAGCUGUGUGCAUUUAUUUUCAGUGUUAUAAUUUUUGUUCAUAAAGAAUCUGUAAAUCAAUCCCCUAAAUAGGACGGAGCAUGUGGUGCACGUUUUAUGAAAGAAUCUACACAAUAAAUUACACGAAGAUUAGUAAAAUAAACAUAUUUUGAGUUAUUAAAACCUUGGAGUGCAAUUCACAAUCCGGUAGGGUUACGUGGCCACAAACAAACCCCUGCUGGUCCUCACAGAAUGGCCUUGUCACUUUGCCACUCCGCCUAAAAAUUGCGUGAUGUCCUCAUUCUUUUCCCAGCUUUACAACUAGUCAUUCACAUUAUCCAUCGUUACACUAUACAGCUGAGUCUCCACUAUGUUUUCUCACUUUCUCCCCUACACCCACAGGGAAACAGUCUCUAAAUCUGAAGGCAAAGUUCAUCCUUGCUUCUAUGGCAUCUGCUAUACUAAGCUACAUCUCCCUCCGGAGCUCUACAAGCCUCCAGUUUUAAUUUAAACCGAAUCGGUGUAAUUAGUUCCUUACUAAAAACAGCCUCGGCUCCAAAUCUAAUGCCCCUGGGUUCAAAAAUAGUGGCAUUCAUUGCAAGGAAUAUGGCUGAGUUACAACGGACUUCAGACCCCUUUUUAUAGA